AUGAGAUGCCCUCACAAACGCUGCUCCCUCUCUCACUCUUCCGCCCUUUCAAAAAUAUCCGGAGCAUCCUGGGGGAGGGAGGGGGAGAAAGUUUCCUUCCCCUCGCCCAGCCCGGCCGCACUCUCACCGAAAGAGAGGAAAAAAAAAAUAGAAAAAAAAAAAAACAACCAACCCCCAAAACACUCUAAGGCCACAAACCCGAAAAGGGGAGGGCGCUCGGGCGACGCUCCCGGCAGGCUGGGGAGUCCCGCGGGGAGCCCGGCCGGGGAGGGAGGGAGGCAGGGAAGGAGGGCAGAAGGACGGGAGGAGGUGCCCGGGCUCUCCGGGAGCCCCCGCAGGGUCCUGAGGAGCUGCAAAAGCAGCACCACGCAACUUUCCCUCAAGCCCGGCCGCUUCCCCCCGCUGCCGCUCGCCCCGGGCCGCCCCGCGGGCCCCUUGGCGAGGGGAGAGGAGCUGGAGCCGUGCCGGCAUUCCCCGGGCUGCCGGAGCGCGGAGCCUUCAGCGCGCUUGCAGCUUUCAGCCGAGCGGGAGAGGCGGCUCGGCCCCGGCGGGCGGGUGGAUUUGGCGUCACCGGGUCUCCGAGAAGGAAAAGCUUCCAACAUCCAUCACCUGUGGCUGUGCUGCUGCCUCACAGCAAACCCACGGCAGUGCCACCCCUGCUGCCAGGCUGCCACCACGGCUGAGAGUCUGGGGAGCAGGGACAGAGAGGUGUCCUUGCUUUGGGACAGCAGGUGGUUUGAACAAGCAUACAUUCUGCAUCAAAAUGUGAGGGCUUGUUUCACAAGUGGCUCUUCUUUCUUUGCCAGUCUCUGCUCCUUUUUACACUGCCUGAAUCUGAGGAUAACACCAAGCCCCUUACAGCUGCAGACCUUUGAUCACAGCACUUGAACUCAGGUUUUCCCUGGGUUCCAAGAUGUGCGUGUAUGCAGUCACAAAGCCUACACUGUAAUCACUCCCAACAAAUCUUGGGGGUUCUAUAAAACAACGACUGAGGAGAGAAGAUUUUGAUUUUUCCUCGAAAAUCUUCUGAAAAAAUACAGGGUUGCAGUGGUUAUCAUCAAUAAAUACAAGAAUUCAGAUUUAUUUCCCUCCUUAUUGAAGUCUCAGUAUUUAGCAGGUGCAAAGCUUGGUCGAGUGUAAAGCCUGUAGCCACAUCUCUAAAAACAUACAGAAUUAAAUAAAAAUAUGACCUCUUUAAUGUAAUAGACAGCUGUCCUGUAGGUUUCUACAGGAUGUGAUGGAAGGAAACAGACCCGAAAAUGAAAGAGGGGUUAACAUCACUGACACCAGGUCAGGGAGGGAUGUGGAUGGGUCUGUAACACCUGCUUUCUCCAAACAUUUAUAUAAACUCUGCCAACAAAGUGCUGUUGCCAAGGAAUAUGGGAAUGACUGGAAUAAAGAAGUGAAAAAAUUACUAAUAAGCAUGCCUAUGAAAAAACUAUCACAACGUUUUUCUAGCUACUGUGGUCUUGAUAGUUAAAAAAUUAGGGAAGAAAAGGUAGAAUUUCUUUAGAAGGAUUUUAGCAAUGGGUAUCACAAGCAAGCAGAUCUCCUGGCCAUUCUUCAUUAAAUUCACAAACAUUCAAGGUGGAAUAAAAUCUACCAUGUAAAUAGUCCUUUGUUUGUGCAAAAUUGUUUCCCACAAUAUUAUAAUUUAUUUUCUACAUGUAGUAGUUUCAGUCUAAAUUAAUUCUUUUUCUUUUAGAUUAGUUGUAUGAAUAAUUGUGACUAUUGUAAAAUAAGUUUCAGAAAGUAACAUAAAGGCAGCAUGACCAAACUCCCAAGCCAAAAAAAAAAUCCACAAAUCAACCUCCCCCCAUCAGGAUAUUGCCUUAAGCAUAAUUAUAACUUUCAGAAUACCACAACAAAGGGUUAUCCUAUUUUUUUUUUCUUUGACCCUCUAAGAUCUCAAGUAUGACCUUUGAUCCUCCAGUCAUAUUUUUAAUUUUUUUCACGACAGCUCUGAGGAUUAGAGACAUGUUAAAAAACAAAACAAAACAAACAAAAUCCCCACAAACCACAAAAAAUUGCAACAAACAACAUAACAAAGCUUAAAUCCCCCUAGAGCUGCUAAACUUCAGGAGCUUGACUCCUUGUAAAAUCAAGUAUUAAUAACACCCUGCUAUAAAAUAAUUAUCAAUUAUUUCAGAUGGUAGGGCACCAUGUUUUUAUUCCUC